AUGGGAAGCAAUUUCUUUCAAAUUCACUUAAUUUCGCAGAAAUUUUUCAUGAUAUGCGCAUUAAUGGAGCGCGUAAAGUUUGGUUAUCCAGAAUAUGAGAUAAGCUUAAAUAUUGCUAAGAUACUUUUGGAUGCUGUAGACUCGGAUGUCGAUCGAUUAUCGACCAGUAUGCAAGAGCAAAACCAGCUGGAAGAGGAAGAAGAAGAAAUCGAAAUUGUUGUUGAAGAUGACGUUGCUUCUAACUAA